CACAGUAAACAUCGUCAGUACAAUCAAAGUUCAAAUCUGCAGCACACACCCAUAGCGCGUUGCGGAGGAGAAAUGGCUGGCGAAGGUGAGCUGAAGCUGUUGAGUACGUGGGCGAGCCCCUGGGCUUCUAGGGUGAAACUCGCGCUCCACCUCAAGGGCUUGAGCUACGAGAACAUCGAGCAAGACCUCAACAGCAAGAGUGACCUCCUCCUCGCGUUCAACCCAGUGCACAAGAAGGUGCCCGUGCUCAUCCACAACGGCAAGCCAAUCUGUGAGUCGGUCGUCAUAAUUGAGUACAUCGACGAGGCCUAUGGCAGCACCGGCCCCUCCCUCCUACCCACUGACCCCUACGAGCGUGCCAUUGCUCGGUUUUGGGUAGACUACAUUGACCACAAGCUAGUCAUCCCGUGGAAAGUGGCGUUCAUAGCCAACACUGAGGAGGAUAAGACUGAAGCGAUAAAGCAAAUAUUAGUGGGGGUGAAUGUGCUAGAGGGGGCUCUCAAGGAAUGCUCCAACGGGAAGCCCUUCUUCGGAGGUGAUAACGUUGGAUACGUGGAUAUAGCACUAGGCGGACUGUUGGCGUUUCUGCAAGGAACUGAAGAACUAUGUGGUACCAAGCUCUUUGGCACCGCGAACACCCCACUUCUGCUUGCUUGGGUAGAGCACUUCACCGCACUGGACGCUGCCAAGGUGGCUCUGCCGGACGUCAAUAAAUUGGUUGUGUUUGCAAGGACAAGGCGGGCCCGGAUUGCUGCUACUAUAAAUGUAUCUGUCAAGAACUGAGCCAAGCGGUUUCCGUUGAAUAAUAUAUGUUGUAUUAUUAUACUCAUUAUGUCUGUUGAACAAGAUAUGUUGUAGAGUUAUGCAUUAUCUGUCGUUGGUGUCAUUAUCACAAAUGUCAUGUAUGCAAUAUUGUACGGAAUAAGGAACUU